AUGGGAUCCUAUCCUAGUUGUUUGUGCUGUCCUUAAUCUUAUUCUUAGGGGAAACAAAAUACAAUAAUUGAUAAUGAACUUCAUUUGACUUAAUUUAAAUAACCUCUUUUUAAUUAAGUUGUGCAAAUCACUCCAGAAGAUGAUUCCUCUUUACUAUAAAUUAUGGCAACAUAUGAAUAGUUAGUGAAUAGAAAAUCAAUAAGUACAGCCUAUAAUUGCUCAUCCAACAACAGAAGUCGCUCAAUUUCUGUUGAUUUUUAAAAUUCAGGAGUUUUGAUAAGUAAGAAACAUGAAAAAAAGAAAAAAGAAUAAUAUUGCAGAUCUUUCAGUGCAUCUUAAUUUUAAAACAAUUCAUCGAAAUUAAGCACAACAUAAAAACCAAGCAGUAUAUUGAAAAAAAGAUCAAAUACUCAAGAAUCUCAAUUCUAGAAAAAAUCAAAAUAUAAAGUUUCGUUUCUACCUUUUAUUUUAUAAUGUAAUUCUAAAAAGUUGAUUGAUAUUUUUUGA